UUUCUACUUGUUCCUGACAGCCCUUCUUAUUGUCUCAAGGAAGAUACAGUACAGAUAACGAUUGCAGGAGACACAAUCGUCGCAUCGGGUUUGACUCCCAAUGGUCUUGUUUGAGGGAGAACGGAGAUCAAAGAUGGAAAAUCAAAAAGCUUCUGGUCCGGAGAGAGGGCACAGCCACCCACUCGUUUUCCCAGCUCAGAGCAGCAGAGGAUCCUGGGAAAGGACCACGGAGAAGAUGGUCAUCGGGGACGCCACCAGCUCCGAGAGUCAACGCCGGAACUUCAGGGAGUUUAGUUACCAGGACAAGGAGGGACCUCGAAGGAUUUGCAGUCAGCUCCACAGCCUUUGCUGCCAGUGGUUGGAGCCGGACAAACGCACCAAGGCCCAGAUGUUGGACCUGGUGUUGCUAGAGCAAUUUCUGUCUGUCCUCCCCCCGGAGAUAGGGAACUGGGUUCGGGAAUGCGGGGCAGAGACCAGCGCCCAAGCAGUGGCCCUCGCAGAAGGCUUCCUCCUGAGCCAACCAGAGCACAAAAACCAGGUCAAGGAUGAAGCCAUUGCAGAUUUCCCUGUGACAGAGAAGAUACUGCCAAAUGUUGCACAAAAGCCCCUGUUCAAGUGGAUUGUGCAGGAAGGAGAUGCAGGUGCCACCUUGCCAGGGCAGGGAAGGAUAGUCAGACAGAACACAAUAUCGCUGGAGGUUCCUUUGCAGCCAUCUUCUCUCUAUGGCGAACUCAAUUCACUUGCUGUUCAGUCGGAUCAGUUUCCAGUGACCCUGGAGGAGGUGACGGUGCAUUUCACAGAGGAAGAGUGGAUGCUACUGGACCCGGGCCAGAGGGCUCUCUAUGAGGAAGUCACACAGGAGAAUUAUGGGCAUUUUUCCUCCCUAGGAAAUGGGAUGCAGGUUGGAGACAGCGAAAUGACCCUGGAUGUUCCUUCUCGACUGUCUUCUCUUUCGGGUGGAAUAGAUACACUCGCUGCACAGUUUGAUCAGGUCAUUGUCGCUUGCAGUCAGGGAUUGGAGAUUGCAGGAAUGAAGACCACAUUGGAGGUGUGCUUGGCAGUGAUUACCUUGCUGAAAACCACUAUCGCGGUGCGUGAUGCACUGGACAUAUUCUAUCGCAGGCGCAGAAUGCAACGGCAAAGAACCAUAGAAAAACGUCAUCGAGAGUACAUGCGACACCGUGCUCUGGCUUUGCAGUGGGCUGCUAGCCUCAAUUCGGUCAAUCCGGCUGUGCUCGAGAUUCCUCGUGGGCCUGGACAGGCUCCUCGUACGUGGGUGUGUGCAAGAAGCCGGGACUGGUGGAACAACUUUGUCACGACGGCGUGGUCGGACGAAGAGUGGUACAACGUGUUCCGAAUGUCCCGCAACACGUUUUUCCAGAUAGUGGAGCUGCUUCGUCCAAAAGUGCAGAAGCAAGACACUAUCAUGAGGCGGGCCAUUCCUGUAGAGGAAAGACUCGCAAUCACCCUAUGGGUGCUUGCGAACCGGUGUUCAUGUCGACGUGUGGCUCAGCAGUUUGGAGUUGGCCGAUCCACAGUUUCAAACAUUUUCAUGGAGGUCAUACUGUCAAUGGAAAUGGUUCUUCUGCCCCGCACCAUUUUCCUGGGAAAUGUUCAGGAGAUCAUGGAAGGGUUCUCUGAAUUGGGAUUCCCGCAGGUGGUGGGGGCAGUGGAUGGAUGCCAUUGCCAAAUCCUUUUGCCGGUGAGACAAGGAGGGGAGUUUAUCAUCCAUAAGCACACUUACCCUGUCCUGCUUCAAGCGACUGCUGACCAUACAGGACGCUUUCUAGAUGUGGAGAUCGGCUGGAGCGACCAGGAUCACGAUUCACACAUCAUCAGGAACUCGGCAAUUUACAAGGCCAUGGAGGCAGGGACUUUUGUCCCAGGAAACCCAACCAUUACUGUGCUGGGCCAGCAGGUCGGACCACUGCUCCUGUCAGACAGCGACUACCCCAUCCGAAAGUGGCUGAUGAAGCCAUACGAGGGUACCCUAACUGAAAAACAGGCACUCUUUAACAAGCAUCUGAGUCGUGCCCAGAAUGUAGUGAAAAGGGCAUUUGCCCGAUUGAAAGCCCGUUGGAAAUGCCUGACUGCUUCAUUGGAGGUGGCCGAAAAGAAUGUCCCUUCAGUCAUCGCCGCAUGUGUGAGCUUGCAUAAUAUAUGCGAGACCAAGGGAAAAAUUCUGGACAUCAUUCCUCAUCAGUUGGGGGAGUACGUGCGGGACACCUCAGGGGCACCGAUAGUGAACCUUGAGGAACAGAAAACACAAGAAGGGGAGGCUGUGCGGGAUGCGCUCGCAGAAUACUUCUGGACUGGAGAAGAUGCAGUGCGGUGUGAAAACCCUUAGUACUUAUUCGGACCUUGUUACCACUACGGGGAUGUUCAGAGAGGGCUUUGGGUUGUUUGGAGAGUUCUAUGUUGCUUUUUAUGUUCAUUAAAAAUAUUCAGUGAGAAAUAAAAAUAGUUUAUAAUAAUGUUCAAUAAAAAAAGAUGUUAGUUGUGGUGAAACCUGUUGUGUCUGUUGUCUGUUGGGCGAUCUGUGUGGCUUUUCCUGCUGCCGGUGGAAGGGCAAUAGUAAGAAGGUUACCAGAGUUACAUUUCGGGUGACACAAAAUGUCUAGAGGAGGGUGACCAAAAUGGGGGAAUGUCUGGAAACCACCAAGCCCUGUGAAGAGUGGCUUAGGGAGCAGGAUAUGUUUAGGCCAGGAAAGACAAGGUUCAUAGGUUAUAGGGUAGCCCUUUUUAAAUAUUUGAAGGGGUGUCAUACUGAGGUGGGAGCAAACUUAUUUGCUGCUGCUCCAGAGAAUAGGACAUGGAGGAAUGGAUGCACACUAUAGGAAAGGAGAUUCCACCUUAAUAUUAGGAAGAACUUCCUGACAGUAAAAGCUGUUAGACAGUGGAAGAUGGUCUUUCAAAGUUUGGUAGAGAAUUAUAGAAUCAUAGAGUUGGAAGAGACUAUAAGGGCCAUCCAGUCCAACCCCAUUCUUCCCUGCAGGAUCUCUCAAUCCAAGCAU